GCUGAAUAGUGGGUGCCUAAAGCAGUUGACAUUGAAAGCAACACCAUCAACUUCGAGCGCAACAUCGGGAGCAAUUGGUGGUAAUUUAUAAGCAGGCGGAAUCUUAGUUUGAUAAUGAGCAUUCGGAUAUGUCAGCUUUCUAAUACCUUUUGUCCUAGGCUACGCUCAACUAUGCAAUAUAUAAUGCCGUUGUCGUUGCCGCAAAAUAACAAAAUACACACACAGUCUCUCUACUACUAUUAUCCUUAUCAAGAACGAACCAUACAUACAUUUAUAAUGUUCACCAACGCAGAACACGUGCUCGAGCCCGGCUCUCUUAUCCUCGUGACGGGGACUACUGGAUUCAUUGGCAGCCAUAUCAGCGACAAACUUCUCGAAGCUGGCUACCGGGUCCGCGGACUUACACGCGACGCUGACAAGAACGCCUGGAUAGCCGAGGUAUUCCAGGCAAAAUACGGCGACAAGUUUACGCUCAUCACUGCAGAUCUAACAGAGCCAUUGGAUGCUUUACUCAAAGAUGUCUCCGGUGUCAUCCACUGCGCAAGCGACAUGAGCUAUGAUGCUGAUCCUAAUGCUGUCAUAACACCAACUAUUGCUAUCGCUCUCCAAAUCUUUAAAGCCGCCGUUAGUACGCCCUCCGUUGAGCGAUUCGUCUUUACAUCGUCUUGCGCAGCUGCAGCCAUGCCAGGCUCUGCACCAUAUCCAACCAUAACAGGCAACACAUGGAAUGAAGAGGCUAUCCGCCAAGCUUGGGCCCCUGCGCCUUAUGAAUCCAGUCGCGGGUUCGCAGUAUACGCAGCCAGUAAGGCGCAGACGGAGAAGGCACUCUGGGAUGCGUACAAGGAGACACCGGGCGAUCUCAUAUUCAACACUGUUCUUCCCGCGGGAAACUUUGGCCGCGCGCUCGAUCCCCGCCAAGGCCACCCAUCGACUUCUGGACUGGUGCAAGCUUUAUUCAUGAAUGACACUGCUACAGCGUCUAAUGGCCCGCAAUAUUUCUAUGUGGAUGUGGAAGACACUGCGCGACUCCAUGUGGCUGCACUGCUACAUCCGUCUAUCCGAGAUGAGCGCAUUUUUGCCUACGCAGCACCGUAUACAUGGCGUGGAAUGCAGGAUAUCUUGAGGGAGCUCUAUCCGGAGCGAGACUUUGUGGAGGUGCCCGAGGCGUCGCUGGAUGAGAGCGUGAUUGUUCAACGAGAAGUUGCUGAAGGCUAUCUCCAAAUGAUGGGACGGGAUGGGUGGACUGGGUUAAAGGACUGCGUGAGGAUGAAUACAGAACAUCUCUCCUAGUUUUUUGUAUAAAGGUGAGGCUGCUCAUGUCCAUGCUAGUUACCUAGGAAAUCAUUUAGGGGCCGUGUGAUAAACUUAUAUUCUAUGUAAAAGGUUACUAAAAGUACCGUGCUCCCGUAUUAAAACUAAUGAAACAAGGUGGCAAGGAAGCUAGUUCAAUAGUACUUCUGGUUGAAUCCUCAGAAUGUAUUUGCUGAAGACUAGCGUUAGGGGUCUCGGCAUCGAAGCAGCUGAUGACUUGGCGGAUAAAAGGGAAUGUUGUGCCUGCAAUCGAGAAGUGCAAGGCGACUUGUGUAGCAAUCGCGAUUCUUGUCAGACUAUUCGUCAGCUUGUCGUAGGGGGCAGACUGGAUAUAGUAUAGCCGAAGUACAACUGGCACCACGACAAGAAGACGAAUCAAAAAGGCAGUAACCACAGCUGUCUUAGCGCAGCGUCGUAGCUCUAGACUCCAAACCAUAAUAAGAGCAAAAAUACAGGCAAGGAGAUCUAUAGAGAGCCCGACAGUCUCUACAAUGAUCCAUCG